AUGAUGGGACAGAGAAUAGUAGAGAGACCAUGGGCAGUAGUUGCAGCUGACACGAUGGAAUUUCCACCAAGUAAAAGUAAAUGCAAAUAUCUUGUUGUUUUUCAAGACUUAUUUUCGAGAUGGAUCGAACUGAAGCCAUUAAGAUCUGCAGAUGGGAAAUCAGUGACUAAGGCCUUCGAAGAAUUAAUCCUCUUCAGAUGGGAAACUCCAGACUUUCUUUUGACUGACAAUGGGAAAGAAUACGACAACAAGACUCUUAAAGACACACUUGACGAAUAUGGGGUGAAGCAUAUUACAACACCACCAUAUCACCCUCAAGCUAAUCCGAUAGAGAGAAGCAAUCGGACCUUGAAGACUAUGAUAUCUACAUUUAUUGGAAAUGAUCAUCGAGACUGGGAUCUGCAUAUUCACGAAUUUCGACAUGCAGUCAACACUGCCACACAAGCUGCGACAAAGACAUCUCCUGCAUUUUUAAAUUUUGGUCGACACCCCCGACCAGUAAAAAGUUUGCGGAGAGAAAUCGAGAAGAAGGAUAGGGUUCACAGAAUCUCUCCCGAGAUAUGGAUUGACAGGGUUAAAAGACUUGACGCCUUACGCGACUUGGUGACAAAAUUUAUUGAUAAGGAGAAAAAUAGACAGACUGAGUAUUAUAAUAAAAAUCGACAUGAAGUUAACUUUAAGGUUGGUGAUUUAGUACUUAGAAAAUCUCAUAAAUUAUCGAGUGGGGCCCAAAAAUUUGCAACAAAAUUAGCUCCGAAAUUUGAAGGCCCAUUUGAAAUUAUUAAGCAAUUAUCUCCUUCAGUUUUUAUAUUACGUACUCAAGAUAUUCGCAGAAAUCCUAAAAUCCAUGUUACAGACCUAAAGAAAUACUCACCUAAUUAA